CCCCAUUUAUAAUGUGAGAGAGCUUCAAUUCCAAGAAAAGGCUCUCUGAGUCAGAGAGAGAGGGACCUGCCAUUCUUGACUCUUUACACGCGCUCUAUCUCCUCAAUUUUCUCUCUCCUAAUUAAGUUGGAAUCUCUUGGUCUCUCUCUAGCUCUUUCGUCUUCUUCUCUCUUUCCUCUUUCUCUGAAGUAAUAGAAGGUGUGAAAAUAAAGAGGAAAAGUAAAAGUUUAAACCAAAAAGUAGUCAUUUUGAUCAUUGCAUUUGUGUGGAAAUUGUGCAAAGUUUUGUGGAAGAAGCAGCAAUGGGAACCGUUUCUCAGGACGCGAUCAACCAGUUUAAAUCGCUGAUGGACCAUGUUGAAGAACCGCUCAAGAGAACAUUUCAGAAUGUUCAUCAGGGAUAUCCAACAGAAACUUAUGCGCGUUUCUUAAAAGCCAGAGAGGGGAAUGUUUCCAAAGCCCACAAAAUGUUAGUGGAUUGUUUAAAGUGGAGGGUACAGAGUGAGAUUGACAAUAUGUUGGCGAAGCCCAUUGUUCCUACUGAAUUGUACAGAGCAGUGCGAGAUUCACAACUCAUAGGACUGUCAGGUUAUACAAGAGAGGGCCUUCCAGUAUUUGCUCUUGGUGUAGGAUUCAGCACGUUUGACAAAGCUUCUAUCCAUUACUAUGUUCAAUCACAUAUUCAAAUCAAUGAAUAUCGGGAUCGUGUAAUUUUGCCUUCUGCAACAAAGAAAUAUGGAAGACAAAUUAGCAACUGUGUGAAGGUUCUAGAUAUGACUGGCCUGAGGCUUUCGGCAUUGAGCCAAAUAAAGCUAUUGACUAUUAUUUCUACCAUUGAUGAUCUGAACUACCCGGAGAAGACGGUUACGUAUUAUAUUGUAAAUGUUCCAUAUGUAUUUUCAGCCUGUUGGAAGGUUGUCAAGCCUCUUUUGCAGGAGAGGACAAAGAGAAAAGUGCAGGUGUUGUCUGGUUGUGGACGAGAUGAUCUGUUGAAGAUAAUGGAUUAUGCAUCCCUCCCUCAUUUCUGUCGAAGGGAAGGCUCCGGAUCUUCCCGACAUUUGGAGAAUUCAGCUGACAAUUGCUUUUCCUUGGACCAUCCAUUUCAUCAACAACUGUACAACUACAUCAAGCAGCAAGCCUUGAACCGUGAACCUGUGAAACCAAUUAAACAGGGAUCUGUGCGUGUGGAUUUACCCGAGCCCGCUGUAGAAGUAACAGAGAUUGCCAAAACCCUAGAAUCUGAGUUACAGAAGCAGGAGGGGCUCUCUGGCUCGUUCGCGGACAUGAAUAUUAAUGCUGAUAAAAAAUAAAAAGCUCAAUGCCUCGCUAACAUAUGGUGAUUGAUCCCACAUCUAUUAUCAGACACGACAGUCGCUGUUUUAGAUGUCCAAUAUAGUAGUAGCAGCUUGAUUAGCUCUAUGUAAAUUUUGCAGGAAAAUUCUAAUAUAACUUACGUAACUUUACAUUCUACCUGUGUAAUCAGUAGUAAGUUGUAUCCAGCCUAUAAUGGCUUAGGAACUAUCAAGAGAGGCUUGAUGAUACUUAUAAGUUGAUACUAAUUUCAGUUGUACCGAUAUACGCUAAUUAGAUGGUCCGGCCAAUCAUCAUUGGACACGUAAGUAAAAUGCUGAAAAAGUUUAUGUAUUUUUGACACAAUUGCUCACGUGUCCAAUGACGAUUGGCUUGUGACCAAUGGUCUUGGGACCAUGUAAUUUCUAUUCUUUUUUCCUUCUCAGCA